CCUCGGUCAGGUGUUCGCCGCCCCCUGGUGUUCCCGCCGGGCUGGCUGCAGGCAGAGCAAUGCCACGGGAGGGCUGCUGGAGGGGGCGGUGGGAUCCCGGUGCACCAUGAGCCUCGGGCCCGGCCCCCUUUCGGGCCGAUAAAUGCUAAGCACUCUUCUCGCCAGUCCCCUCCCGGCCUCGGCUGCCAAGGCAGCAGCGGCCGGACUAGAAGACCGAGGACGGCGGAGGGCCACUUCUCCACCGACCCGCGCGGGGAAAGCAGCUCCAAUCCCCGCGCGUCUCCCGAGCUCCUAAGGAGUCAGGCCCCGGGCCGCCACCGCCAGCUCGGCCGCUGUCGCCGCCGCCGCUGCCGCCAUCGCCUUGAUUCCCCCAUCCCCCGCCAUGGCCGAGGAGCUCUCUGCGGCCACGUCCUACACCGAAGAUGAUUUCUACUGCCCUGUCUGUCAGGAGGUGCUCAAAACGCCCGUGAGGACCGCGGCCUGUCAGCACGUUUUCUGUAGAAAAUGUUUCCUGACUGCAAUGAGAGAAAGCGGAAUACAUUGUCCCCUCUGUCGUGGAAAUGUGACUAGAAGAGAGAGAGCAUGUCCUGAACGGGCCUUAGACCUUGAAAAUAUCAUGAGGAAGUUUUCUGGUAGCUGCAGAUGCUGUGCAAAACAGAUUAAAUUCUAUCGCAUGAGACAUCAUUACAAAUCUUGUAAGAAGUAUCAAGAUGAAUAUGGUGUUUCCUCUAUCAUUCCAAACUUUCAGAUCUCUCAAGAUUCAGUAGGGAACAGUAAUAGGAGUGAAACAUCUACGUCUGAUAACACAGAAACUUAUCAAGAGAAUACAAGCUCUUCUGGGCAUCCUACCUUUAAGUGUCCCUUGUGUCAAGAAUCAAAUUUUACCAGGCAGCGUUUACUGGAUCACUGUAACAGUAAUCACUUAUUUCAGAUAGUUCCUGUGACGUGUCCUAUUUGUGUGUCUCUUCCUUGGGGAGAUCCUAGCCAGAUUACUAGAAAUUUCGUUAGUCAUCUAAAUCAGAGACAUCAGUUUGAUUAUGGAGAAUUUGUGAAUCUUCAGCUAGAUGAGGAAACCCAAUAUCAAACUGCUGUUGAGGAAUCUUUUCAAGUAAACAUCUGAAGGCUGUAGACAUCUCUGCAUCUUUGUGCCUGCAAGUGCCAUCUUUAAGGGGAAAACUACAUGAAGUCACCGUUUCAAUAACUUGAUGUGUGUAUUAAUAAAAGUAAUUCAGUCUUU